AUGCAAACAACAUCCCCUUCCGCUGUAGCUUCAGCUCGAUCCAACUCUCAUUCGAGCUUGUCUUUACAAGAUCCGUUAAACAAACCUCUCGAGAAGGAGCUCACGAUUUUAGAGGAUAUUGCAAAACAUGAUGACGGAAUAGACAGCGAGGAUGAAGAGGAAGAAAAACAUCAAUACAAAGUCAUCAUUGUUGGAGAUGGAACUGUGGGAAAAACAUCAACGAUCAGACGAUUCACAGAAGACGAAUUUCAACAAUCUUACGUGAGAACUGUAGGAGUCGAUUGGUUCAUCAAAAACGUUUCCAUGGUUGCCCAUGGACCAUUACAAAAAACAGACAAUAAAGAUGAUAAAGGAAAGUUAAAGAAAAUUGAAGUGACGUUUCAAAUAUGGGACAUUGAGGGACAGGCUCUUGGAUCCAAAAUAUUGGCCAGCUAUAUUUACGGAUCUGAUGCGGUCAUCUUGACCUAUGACAUUACAAACUUGGAGAGCUUUCAAAAUUUGAAUGAAUGGUUGAAAUAUGUGAAACAUAUAUUUUCUGAAAACUACGAAGGACGAAGAAAAACAGACAAGCCUAAAGAUCCUCUUAUUUGUGUAUUCGCAAAUAAAUGUGACCUCAGUCACGAGAGAAAGGUAAAACGAGAAAUGCACGACGAGUGGACGUCUCGCAACGGAUUGCAGUCAUAUUUUGUUUCAGCCAAAACUGGUGACAUGGUAAAUAUUUCGUUCAUUAAACUGGCUGCUCUACUUGCCGGAGUUCAGCUGCCUCAAGGUCAGCUGGAUGGUGCAACGAAAGUAAUUGUUGCUCCAAUCAUUAAUUAUGGCACUCCAAGCAAGGAAGAAGAGAAGCCUAAACCAAAAGAAACAAUAGUGAGGAGUAGGACAUGUAUCAUCUCAUAA